AUGGCUAAAAUUCUUUUAUUCAGCAUCUCAGCCCUCAGUUUCUUCUGCAUUACCUUUGCCUUUGGCCCUAUUCCAUUGCAGGAUUUAUGUGUUGCAGAUCCCACAAGCUCUACAAGACUCAAUGGACUGCCAUGCAAGGACCCUGCAGCAGUGAAAGCCGACGAUUUCUUCUUCAGCGGGCUACAUAUACCUGGAAACACCAAGAACCCUUACGGCGCAGCCUUAACCUCAAUGACUGUCGCCCAAGUUCCAGGGCUCAACACUCUCGGCCUGUCACUAGCCCGCCUGGAUUUGGCCCCGAAUGGGUUCGUCCCACCUCACUCCCACCCCAGGGCGACUGAAAUCCUGACAGUCCUCCAGGGUUCCCUGGAAGUUGGAUUCAUAACCUCAUAUCCUGAUUUCAAACACUUGAGUAAGGUUCUGAAUCAGGGCGAUGCUUACGUUGUCCCUGUCGGACUUCUUCAUUACCAGCGCAACGUGGGGAAGGGAAAUACUGUCGUCUUAGCAGCCGUGAACAACCAGAACGCAGGGAUUAACGUUGUUCCAAAGGGCAUCUUCGGGGCUAAACCUGCUAUCAACAGCGAUUACCUUGCCAGGGCGUUCCUGCUCGACAAAAAUAUCGUAGAACAGCUCCAGGCUAAGUUCUAG